AUGGCACAGCACUCUUUCUAUGAAUACACACCGUCCAAAGCAGCUGCUAUCAUCGCUUGCCUCGUCUUCGCUGUCAUCACCAUCCUUCACUGCUGGCAACUGUUCCGAACACGUACCUGGUUCUUCAUCUCCUUUGUGAUCGGCGGUUUCUUCGAAGUCGUCGGAUACGCCGCCAGAGGAAACUCUGCCAACCAACAUCCCGACUACACCUUGAUGCCUUACAUCAUUCAAUCUCUCUUCCUGCUUCUUGCGCCCAUCUUCUUUGCAGCAAGCAUAUACAUGGAACUUGGCCGCAUCCUCGAUCUCACAGAAGGAGAAUCUCGCUCUCUGAUCAGGCGCAAACUACUUACCAAGAUAUUCGUCCUGGGUGAUGUCCUUUCCUUCUUCGCACAGAGCGCUGGUGGCGGCCUACUUGCUCAGGGCAAUGAGUCUGGAAACAAGAUUAUCAUCGGUGGAUUGGUCCUCCAACUACUCUUCUUUGGCUUCUUCAUGGUUUCGGCUGCAGUCUUUCAUCGCCGUAUGUCUGCAAAUCCCACGGCCAAGGCGAUGGGCAUGCCUUUACCGUGGAAGAAACAUCUCCAUGCGCUGUACGCUGGAAGUGUUCUGAUCCUGGUUCGCUCGCUCUAUCGGCUGAUCGAGUAUCUUCAAGGCGGUAGCAGUGGUUACAUCGUUGAGCAUGAGUGGACUUUGUAUGUCUUUGAUGCUCUACUCAUGAUUGGUGCCAUGUUGGUCUUCUUCUGGAUUCACCCGAGCGAGAUCAGAGCGCUUUUGCGUGGUGGGCGUGCGCUUCAAGGUUGGACGCCUUUGAGAGUUCUUGUGCCACUCCAUACUCAGGCCUAG